AUGACUAUGAGCAAUCUUAGUCUGUUGCAAAUAUUGAUUGCUCUCUACCAGGUUUUCCAAAUCAACUGCAGCCGCACUGCACACCUCAGAGCUUGGGCAAGAUUCAUUUCCAACGACUCACGCAGUGGAACUCACUCAAAGGACUCCUACUACGUGUCGUGGGAUGAUCGCCAUCCAUACUCCACGGUGGAGGCGUACCGCCAUUGCCACAAGCCUUCCUACAUGAGCAAGGCCAAGCCUAUGGAGUCGCUGCGUGGAUGCAAGUCGGUGCAUUGGGAUGAGCGUCGGCCGUUCGCAACCGCCAAUAUUUUUCGCCGGAGCAAAAUCCUCGAUGGAACCAGCAAUGCAGCAAUCAACUGA